UAUAAGUCAGGUUUCUGAGCGGCUCUCAUCACUACAUAGUGACAACCUAUAUACAAAAUGUUCCGGGUGUUGUAUUUACUUGGACUUUUCUUAAGUGUAAAUAGUGCUGCAGCACCAUUCAUAAAGCCAUGCAAAAAUGGCGACUCAGCCUGCGUCUUGGCGUCCGCCAAGGCGGCAGUUCCCUUCUUCCUGUCUGGUGUUCCCGAAUUGGGAAUCAGUCCCAUGGACCCCAUGCACAUUGACGUCAUCAAGAGUGACCAGGGCGGUUUGCAGCUCCUCUUCAAAGAUACCAUCAUGACUGGCAUCAAGUCUUGCUCCUUUGAGACUGUGAAACACGACUUGGUGAAAAUGAAACAAAUCAUAACGAUGAAGUGUAACUUGAAGCUGAAAGGAAACUACAAGCUGUCCGGCCAGCUGCUCAUCCUGCCAGUCCAGGGAAAUGGAGAAUACAGCAUCAAUAUCCGUGACAUCGUGAUCAAGGUGGUGAGCGAGCUCACAACAGUGACGGGCGCUGAUGGCAAACCACAUUGGCACAUUAAGAAGUGGAAGGAUUCUUAUAACGUACAGACUGGUGCCUCGUUCGCUUUCGAGAACUUGUUCAAUGGAAACAAUGCUUUGGCACAACCAGUACUAGAAUUCGCAAACAGCAACUGGAAGGAUGUGAUGCAAGAAAUCGCGCCUCCCAUCGUUCACGCGAUUUUGGAGCGGAUCGUCGCUGGAGUGGAAGCGCUGUACAAAGCUGUACCCGCUGAAGAACUCAACUUAGCUUAAUUUGUUAAUUAUUUAAAUAACUAACAAUAAAUACCGCGGCAUUUUUAAAUUAGCACUUAGGACCCGACUGGAAGGCGUCUACGAAACGAACAAGUAUUAUUGUAUUUAUUGCGAUAACAUUUCGUACAAUUAAUAUAAUUUUAUUUUGGCUGGAACAAAAUAUAUCCUUGUAGGAACUUAUAAUUCUCUUCUAUUGUUAAUAAGUUGUUUGGUUAUUGUUGUUAUGCACUCAAUCAUAGUACAAUAAAGUAGAUAAUAGUUAAAAGUAGAUGAGAUAGAAAUAAAUAAUAAAAAAUAAAA